UUAUAAAAAUUCCCAAAAAUCAUCAUUUUUUCAGGCCGUCACACUAGUUGUGCCCCUUAACGUAGUUUAUGCUCUUGUUGGAAUCCAAAGUUAAGUUUCUUUUUCUCUGUGCAAUGAUUUUGAGCAACUGAAACACGUUUCACUUAAUUUUUGGCGCAUGCAAAAUUGAACGAUUAUCCACGGGGCUACAGUGGGGCCUCCAUAAUCCCGCCUAGGACUCCGAUUCGGCGAGGAGUGCUCGCCCUGAACGAUCCGACUCAGCUGAGGGUGAUACCGAGAUACCAAGGCUUCUUGGCAUCUUACCUGUUGCCGGGUUCCCAAGCGAUGGCCGCAAAUUGACCAGCCGAAGGAAAGAGCGAGAUGCAAGAUCGGACAACGGUCUUACCUGUUAGAGGGUGUGGCCUAAACAUCCGCUAACCGAUCAACGAUCGGGCCAGAACGAGACAGCUAUAGGAGCGGGAAAGAGUUGCACUAGCCGGCCAUCACGGCCAAAAGCAACAAAAACCAAUACCAAAACAAAAGCAACAACAACAACAACAUCGAUGUCGAUGUCGGCCAAAGACGAGAAAUAGAGGAACCGAAAGCGCGGCUUGUGAUGGUUGAAAAAAUUAGCACCGAUCGUUGAUCAUUAGCUCGGGAACGGUGGCAACGCAAACACACGAUCGGCGGCAGCUCACAACUCGAAACUCGAAUCUUGAAACUCGCAACUCAACUCGAACCGAAAAUCUCAAAAAACCUGAAAAAAGGCACGCGGAUCGCGGCUGUCGCUUCUUCCUUUUAACUGAUCCUUAAACAAAAAAAUAAAAAAAAAACAUAAAAACGCGGCGUGAUCCUGAAUUAAGUGAGCCUUCGACCAACUAGUGUUAACAAAAGUGCAAGAUUUAAGGGCUUUUCCAACCAAGUUCAAAUCAAAACCAACACAACUUCAAAAGGAGCUCUCCCACUGGAUUACAUCAAGAACGCCGAGUUACGGCGCGAAACAUUUUUUAAAAUAUCUGACAUGACCACAUCGCACAUCUUGUCCGCCGUGGAUCCAACGACCGGGCUCAGUGGCAAUGUGUCGGGAGGCGGUGCGGGUGGAGCCGGGGGCGGCGGUGGAGCAGGUGGCGGUGGCUCUCCGCAGCAUGUGACCCACAAUGGACACGGCCAUGGCCACGGGAUGGGCGGCGUGGUGGCGGUGACCGCAGGCGGUGCCGGCGUGUCCGGAAGUGGUGGCCAUCGGGUGGUCGGCGGAGCAGGCAGUCCCAACGAGCUGGACCGCAAUCUGCGCAUCUCCCUGGACGAUCGGGAGCUGUGGCUGCGGUUCCAGAACCUCACCAACGAGAUGAUCGUCACCAAAAACGGCAGGCGCAUGUUCCCCGUGGUGAAGAUCAGUGCCUCGGGUCUGGACCCCGCCGCCAUGUACACCGUCCUACUGGAGUUCGUCCAGAUUGACUCACAUCGGUGGAAGUACGUCAACGGCGAAUGGGUUCCUGGUGGCAAGGCAGAGGUUCCCCCAUCAAACCCCAUUUACGUACACCCCGAGUCACCCAAUUUCGGAGCUCACUGGAUGAAGGAGCCCAUCUCGUUUGCCAAAGUAAAGCUGACCAACAAAACCAAUGGCAAUGGACAGAUAAUGCUAAAUUCGCUGCACAAGUACGAGCCCCGUGUCCAUUUGGUGCGUGUGGGCUCCGAGCAGCGUCACGUGGUCACGUAUCCCUUCCCGGAGACGCAGUUCAUCGCGGUGACGGCGUAUCAGAACGAGGAGGUCACCUCGCUGAAGAUCAAGUACAACCCCUUUGCGAAGGCCUUCUUGGACGCCAAGGAGCGACCGGACACGCUCUAUCCGCACGACACCCACUACGGCUGGCUGAUCCCGCCGCCCACUCAUUAUACGGCUGCAGCUGCCGCCGUGGCCGCCGCUCCACCGCUGUCCAUUGCCCAGAGUCACGGGCUGGUGGGCUCGUGUCCGAGCGUUUCCUCGGCGGGAUCUGUCGGAUCCUCUGGGGGCGCCAGCACUUGCGAUCGCUACGGAAGAUCCCUGUCCACAAGGAGUGCGGCGCCCACUCGCAGUACGCCGUACAGUCGACCGAGAGUGGUCUCCGGUUCCGGAUCGAACGGAAGUGUCGGCAAUGCCUCGUCCACAUCGCCGCAACCGCCUUCCGCUCCGCAAACGCCGACCAGUCUGCACUCCUCGUCCGCCGGAUCCGUGAGCACCAGUGUGAGCAGCUCCGGUGCCGCCGGAAUCGGCACCUCAGCGAGUGCCGGUUGCUUCAGCAGUUCCUACGCCCAGUCCGGCUUCAUGCCGGUCGAGGCCAGUCCCACGGCCUCCGUGUUCUCCUAUCCCAGCAGCUGGCAGAGCAACGGCAACUACUGGAACGCCACCAGCGUUCCGGGUCCGAUGACCAUGAACGUCUGCAGUGGCCGCAACAUCUCCUCCCACAACUCGCCGUCGCCGACGAACGGAUCCCCGAGCUACACGACCUCCUCGCCCAGCUACACGAUCCAUCACCUGACGCCGCACAGCCACCAGUACAACAUGACCCAGCCGGACAUCUACGGAACCGGCGUGGGCCUCGGCUCCGGAGUGGGCGUGGGAGUCGGGGUAGGAGCCGGGUCCGGAGCGUCGGGAUCCCCGCAAGCGGCGUACGGAGCGUCUGCCCACCAGGUCUACCAUCCCACGCCCCCCUCGCCCACCCACCAGCUGUACACGAACGCCGUCCUGAAUGCCCCCUCGGCUCUGAGUUAUCCGGCCAGUGGGUGGCACAACGGAUCGGGGGCGGAGUACGGAUUGUAUCAGAACGCCGCCGCCGCUGCGUACUACCAACCGGAGUAUAUACCCCUGGAAAUCGGCUAUGCCAGCCAUCCGUUGGAGCCCGUGGAGGUAUCGAAGUCGCUGGACGAUCCGCAGGCCGAGAUGUACAAGCCGAGCGAGGAGCAGGGAUCGGUCAUCACGCUGGAGUGCGCCACCUCCACCCUGAAGACAAGCCACGACAUCAAGAUAGAGUCCUCGUCCCUGGAGAGGAGCAGUGUUCCCGGCGGCGCAGCGGUGGUUGCCGUGCCCACCGCCGUGGUCAGCGGUACUCCGGCCGUGAGUGCCGACACCUGGACACCCCUCACUCCGCCCCAGAGCACGAUGCAGUGAUUACCCGGAUGCGGAUGCGGAUGCGAAUGCGAAUGCGGAUUCGGAUACGGAUACAGUUGCAAGCCCCAGCCAUUAGACGCACGACCCCAUGGAUGUACGAUCGAAUUAGAUGUAA